UCAGUCUGCUACCAACAGCCGUAGGGGGGAAACGCUCGCCGCCCUUCCGCUGCUCUGUCCGCGUAUGCAAACAACGCAUAUUCUUCAAUAAAAUAGCGAGUGAAAAUACGUUAUUAUUCAAUGUUCUGUUUCUAUUAGUGGUUUCUUUCAUUUUAUGCACCGUUUUGGUAUUAUAAUUUGAAGUACAUAAAAGAAAUUUUGAGCCGAAGUAUAAUUAUUAUCAUUAUAUUGAUGAUAAAGUAAUGAUGUCCCAAGACCUGAGAAUGUUUUAUUUCACUGGAUCAGAAAACUAAACAUUACAAUGACAUCCGAAGAACCCAUUGAUGUGGUAGCAAAAAAGGCAGAGGCUAAUAAAACAAACCCAAAUUUUCCUGAUGAUAAUCCCGAAAGCAGCAAAGGAGAGAAACAACAACAGCAUCUAAAACGAUCUCAUGAAUUAAUGCAACUAGUUUAUGAGCUGCCAGCAGAAGUAGAGAGCCCUAUACACAACAAUAAUAUGCUUAAAGAAAACCCACCGAUAACAAUUGUUGAGAUUACGGAACAGAAUGGUUGUGAAACUGAAUUAUGUAGUGGGACAUGUGAUAGUGAUUAUUUCGAAGAGUCUAAUCCCAAUGAUUUAGGCACUAGUGUUGUUUAUGAUGUAUUAGCAACUAAUGAGCUGAUAAUGCAAUGUGCUGAUGAGUACAAAGAAGUUAUAGAUAGGACAUCACCAGAUGUAACGACUGAAGAGGAUUUAUUGGAAUUGAAAGCAAUAUUGGAUAAUAAGCCAAAACUUUUGGAGAGGUAUAUACGGGAAUGCGCAUCUGUAGAUCAAGUAAACAGGCUUCAUAACCUAACAUCUUGUGGUCCGCUGUCACCAAGACCACACCACGAGGCUCGGAGUACUUCAGUUACUUCAGAUCUAUUCCAGCUAUGGUUGUCAUCGUCUCCGGUUAAGAGGUCUCGAUCGCCAAGCAAUUCAGCGCAGAGGCAAUUAGAUGAGGCAGAUCUCUUUAUGGACCUCAUCAAAGACGUCGCUAAUGAGCUGGACAUAGAUGUACUAUGUCAUAAGAUUCUCGUAAACGUUUGUUUACUGACUUCAGCAGACAGGGGGAGCUUGUUUCUAGCUAAAGGAACUCCACCUAAUAGAUAUCUUCAGGCGAAACUGUUUGACGUCACUCGAGAUACAGAACUCGAAGACGCUUUGAAAAUUGCACGAACACAGGAAAUUAGGAUAGCUUUUGGUAUCGGGGUCGCUGGAUUGGCAGCGCAGACGAAGCACCCAAUCAAUAUCAAAAAUGCUUACGCUGACCCAAGAUUUAACAGUGAGAUAGACGCUCGCACUGGUUACAAGACGGAACUGAUUUUGUGCAUGCCGAUCUGUAACUACGAGGGGGAUGUUGUUGGUGUCGCGCAAAUUAUUAAUAAAACUGACGGUUCCAAAGAAUUUUCACCGCGAGACGUGGAAGUAUUUAGACGCUACUUGACUUUCUGCGGAAUUGGGAUUCAAAACGCACAGCUGUUUGAAUCCUCGGUGUUGGAAUACAAACGAAAUCAAAUCCUUUUAGCAUUAGCGCGGAGUAUCUUUGAAGAGCAAAGCAACUUGGAAUGCUUAGUGACAAAGAUAAUGACUGAGGCUAGAGAAUUAUUGAAAUGUGAAAGAUGUGCGGUGUUUAUAUUAGACACUGAUCAUUGUGAAUCGAGUCAUCUAGAGCGCAUAGUGCAGCGUCCGGGCGGUGCCAGAAGUGGUGCUCUGGCAUUACCACCACCUGCACCCACUAGGUUCCACACGCUCUUCGAGCUGGGAGCCAAGCACUCAAGAACAACACUCACACCGAAACAUGACAGUAAAUCAACUCUAGCAUGCAUUGCUUUAGCGGUGGCCCAAUCAAACAAAUCUCUUAACAUAUCUGACGUUGGCGAAUGGAGAGUUGAACACGGAAUGAUUGUGGACCCAUCGACCGAUGACGCGGCCAAUGUUCGAACUAUGCUGUGCAUGCCAAUUGUGAACGCAAAUAAGGAUGUCAUUGGAGUCGCUCAACUGAUUAAUAAGGAAAACGGCUCUCAAUUUACAGACGGGGAUAUCUCAAUAUUUGAAGCCUUUGCUAUAUUUUGCGGUUUAGGUAUUCACAACACGCAGAUGUACGAAAAUGCUUGCAAAUUGAUGGCGAAACAAAAGGUAGCACUUGAGUGUCUCUCAUAUCACGCCACUGCAUCCGCGGAAGACACGAGCAAGUUAUGUCAAGAUGUUAUACCAUCUGCAGAAGUAUACAACUUGUACAGCUUCAAAUUUCACGACUUUGAUUUGUCAGAUGAAGAUACGUGUAGAGCUACACUGAGAAUGUUUCUACAAUGCAAUUUGGUGGAAAAGUUUCAUAUACCAUAUGAUGUCCUUUGUCGCUGGAUACUCAGCGUAAAGAAGAAUUACCGACCUGUUAAAUAUCAUAAUUGGAGGCACGCGUUAAAUGUAGCUCAAACAAUGUUUGCUAUGUUAAAAACUGGUAAAAUGGAGCGUUUCAUGACUGACCUUGAAAUCCUAGGACUAUUAGUAGCUUGUCUAUGCCACGACUUAGACCACAGGGGUACUAAUAACGCAUUCCAAACCAAAACGGAGAGUCCUCUGGCGAUUUUAUAUUCAACAUCCACAAUGGAACAUCAUCACUUUGAUCAGUGUGUAAUGAUCUUGAACAGCGAAAGCAAUAAUAUUUUCCAGGCCCUGUCGCCAUGCGAUUAUAAAGACGUGAUGAGGGUAGUGGAAACGGCAAUAUUAUCAACGGACCUAGCAAUGUACUUCAAGAAGAAAUCAAAGUUCCUAGAAUUAGUAGAUAAUGGCGAGUUCGAUUGGCAGAGCCAAGAGAAGAAAGAAUUAUUAUGUGGUAUGAUGAUGACAGCAUGUGACGUGUCAGCUAUAGCUAAACCCUGGGAAGUGCAACACAAGGUGGCAAAGCUAGUUGCUGAUGAAUUUUUUGAUCAGGGAGACUUAGAGAAGCUUCAACUUAACCAACAGCCUAUUGCCAUGAUGGAUAGAGAGAAAAAAGAUGAAUUACCUCAAAUGCAGGUCGGCUUUAUAGACAUGAUCUGUUUGCCGCUGUAUAGAGUUCUAUCCGACACGUUCCCAUGGAUUCAACCAUUAUAUACUGGCACCAUGGAGAACAAGCGAAGGUGGCAAGAUCUAGCUGAAAAAGUUGAGAUGGGGUUGACAUGGAUAGAUCAUGAUACAAUUGACAAACCCAUAGAAGAAUUUACAGCUUCCAACGAACCCAUAAAAGACGUAGAAUUCACAGUAACCACGCUCAACUGUACUCGACCGGUUUCCGACACCACAAGCACGGCACUCGUGAAGCCCAUUAAAACAUCAUUCCAUUCAUUAAGAAAAAAGAACACUAACUUCCAGAGACCAGCUCGGAGCAAGCUAACGAGUUUUCUUCAGAUCCCUCUACGCGGCUCCAAGCACACGAGACGAGAAAGCGACGGCGACACCGGCUCUGGAGACUCCUGUGACAGAGGAAAGGAGCUCGCAGACCAGCAAGGCUUCCAAACAUAAAGGACGGUUAUGCCACAUGUUGUGACGGUUAAGUUUCAACUGGAGCAACCAGGGCAAUACAGAAAAACCGGACAAAGUCAAACCGUCCAAAUCAAUUGACUAACACGAUGAAAUUAUAACCGAAAUUACGUAAAAUUGUGUUUUUCCAACGUUAAAACUUCUAUUAGCAAGGACCUACUUAGUAGUUAAACGUAGAACUUAUAUAUCUGAUUGGGAAAAGUUAAUAUUUAUAAUAGAAGUGGUUCUUGGAGCACUAUCUUAAUAUGGUAAGGCAGAUUUUUGCCCCUUAUUUGUGACGAAUAAUUAUAUUUAAGAUUUCUUGUACUAUCAUUUUUAAUUUUUAGAAAACUUUUUAAACAUCGAUAAUUAUUCAGUGCACGAGAUAUGCGGCUUCUUUGUUAUUGUACGUGACAAUGAAACAAUAGAAUAUAAGUUUAAUAAGGAAAACAGAAGUAAUAUUAAUAUUUCUUAAUCAGAACCUUUUAGACGAAAUAGUCUUGUAUUAGUAAUUUAAUACAUUCGUCGUUGUGACGCUAACGUUGUUUCCUGUAAAACUACUCUUAGAUAAAUGUUUAAGUAUUUAAUAUAGACUGUGAUCUAGUUUUACUUCACGACAUUUCUAUUUAAAAUUACUGUGUACAUACGUGGCCAGUGACAUUGACGUAAUAAAAAUCUAAGUGAUGGUAACACAGAAACAAUUUUUUUUUUAAAUUAUAAAUACUUUUUUUAUGACAACGCUUUUAUGAAUUCGUCUUAACUAAUAUCAAUGAUUGUUCCGUCUUUGUGUUACAAACACUUAAGAAUUUAUAUAAAACCUAUCCUAUAAUUUGUGUAAAAAAAAAAUAUGUAAUUUCUUGAACAACAUUAACAAUUAAGUUUGUCAAUUGAUUUGUAUUAAGCAGAAAGUAUUAUGAUGCUAGUCGAUUUAUUUAACUUAAGCUGUUAUUAGUUAUUGGUACGGCAUUUUUACGUCCAGUUUUGCUUAUGAAGACAUUAUUGUGCAAUAAUAUUACUAAAGAGACAAAUUAUUUAAAUGUUUUUUUUUUUUCUUUUUAUUGAAUAGAUAAUUUAUUUUUAAUUAUAUAAAAUUAUAUUUCACAAUAUUUAAAAUGUAUUGUUACUUUUAUAUAGGCAUUAAAUAAAACUAGAUUUUUUGUUAAAAUUGUGAAAAGUUGUUAAGCUUUUAAUAUCAGUUCACAGUUUCAAUUGUAAGAGAUCUUUUUUUCCAAAAAUUUCAUUAACUUAUGCCAGGUUGGUUGUAGAUGAGCAUUUACAAUCUAUUAAAAGUUCUUUGUUCGAUUAUGAUGUAAUGUUAAUAUUAUAUCUAAAUUUCAAAUUCCUUAAUUUUAUCUGGUUACCUUGUUAAUAAAACAAUUCAAAAUAUUACCAAAGAUAUAUGUAGAGUUUUAUAGAAUAUACGUUCUGAGGACUGUUAGUAACUGUUGUGGUAUAUUAUUUAAAUUUCUUAAAUGUUCAAGUAGAGAUUUUGUGAUGUGCAACUUUAGCCUAAUUUAAAAUUUGGUGGACGAAUGAACUAAAAAUUCUGGUCAAACGCGCUAAUUAAUAUAUAGUACUUGAAUAGAAAACACUAUUUAUGUAUGUAUAUGUAAAUGUAGAAUCUAUUUGCUUUUCUUUUGCAAAAUCUAUAUUUUUAUAUCAAUUGAGGAUUUCUUUUAUUUAUAAUUAUAAAUUCGAACAUGUUUACUUCCAUACAUAGAAUGUUAGAUUGUUAAUUCGAAUGUUACCAGUUUUUAAACGAUUAUUUUGAAUUUAUACCUUAUAAUUCUUCCUAAGUAAAUGUGUUUCAGUAAUUAAAACUAUUUGAAUUUU